AUGGCUGAACAUCCUUCUUUCACCCUCUCUGCUCUCCUCUCCGCCGGCGGCAUCGCCGGCUUCAUGAAGACGCGCUCGCAGCCGUCUCUCAUCGCCGGUCUUGGUCUAGGCGUCUCCUACGCCUUCUCUGGCUACCUCCUCAAGCAAAACAAGGACUACGGCGCCGAGCUGGCCCUGGCGAACAGCGUCGUCCUCCUCGGUGCCGGCGCCUCGCGGACACUCAAGACCAAGGCUAAGGCGCCUGUGCCCAUGGGUCUUGCGGCUGCGGGUCUCCUGGCGUCGCUUUACUAUGCGAAGAAGGUGAAGGAGUUUAACUAUGGCGUUUAG